AUCGCAAUUUAAAAUUAUCUAUCUCAGCCUGCCAAGGUAUCUAUAGUCAAGAUGAAACAGGGCAUGUAUCCGAAUUGAAACACCACGGAGUUACAUCCUUACCAGAUUAGGAAGUUGAAGAAAAUAUCCUCAAUAUAAAUAUCCAUUCAUGAACCGAGUGUGGUAUCGCCAGGAUACACCAAACCGCAAUCAUGUUACCACUUACCCUCCUCACUCUUCUCCCCCUCAUCUCAGCCCAAAAAAUCGGCACCCAAGAAGUCCAUCCCCAACUGGACACUUGGAAAUGCACCUCCUCUAAUGGCUGCGUUAAACAAGAUACAUCUAUCGUCCUCGACUCAGCAACCCACUGGAUUCAUGGAUCGGACGGCAAGACAUCCUGCACCACCGAUGAUGGGUUGGAUAGUUCCCUCUGUCCUGAUAAGGAGAGCUGCGCCAAGAACUGCAUUAUCGACGGCAUCACCGACUACACUUCAUAUGGUGUUGAGACAAGUGGUGAGUCAAUGCAUCUGCGCGCAUACAUCAAGGACGGGGACAGUGUCAAGGCCACCUCUCCUCGAGUGUAUCUCCUCAACGAAGACGGGAAGAACUACGAUAUGCUCCAGCUGUUGAAUCAGGAAUUCACCUUUGACGUGGACAUGUCCAAGUUACCCUGCGGUAUGAACGGGGCAUUAUACCUGUCCGAAAUGGAAAAGGACGGUGGACGAAGUGACCUCAACCCUGCUGGUGCGCAGUAUGGAACUGGAUACUGCGAUGCCCAAUGCCCCGUUGCGUCGUGGGUGAAUGGCGAAGCGAACAGCAAGUCCGUCGGGGCGUGCUGCAAUGAGAUGGAUAUCUGGGAGGCAAAUGCCAGAGCCACAGGAUAUACGCCUCACCCGUGCAAUGUCACCAGUCUAUAUCAAUGCACCGACGACGACUGCGGGAGUAGCGGUGUCUGCGAUAAGUCUGGAUGCGGAUACAACCCGUAUGCUCUCGGAUCGCACGAUUACUACGGCUACAACAAGAAAGUAGACACCACGAAGCCAUUCACGGUCAUCACGCAGUUCGUGACCAACGACAACACCACGUCCGGCCAUCUCACCGAAAUCCGGCGCCAAUACAUCCAAAACGGGAAGGUCAUCGAAAAUGCCAAAACCGAAGUGUCUGGCCAGCAAAUCGACUCGAUGACAGACGCAUACUGCUCCAACAGCGCCGACUACUUUGGCGAAGUCGGCGGCCUGAAGGGGAUGGGCAAAGCACUCGGUCGGGGAAUGGUGUUGGCGUUUAGUCUCUGGAAUGACGCGGAUCAAUUCAUGAACUGGCUGGAUAGUGGGGAUGCAGGGCCAUGUAACAGCACCGAGGGCAAUCCGGAGUUGAUCCAGAAGAAUCAUCCAGAUACGGCGGUCACUUUUUCGAAUAUUCGGUGGGGAGAUAUUGGGUCGACGGGGCAGUUUGAUUGAUUGCUUGCGUGGAUGAAGUUGUAUAAAAUUUUCUAUUUGAAGACAUAAAUCAUUACAUCUAGUGGUAUCUCGCUAAAUCAAACAUCAAAAAUCUUCUCGUCUUGCGCAUCCUGAUAGAUAGGCGAACAGGCCAAUUUACUCCUCCGUCGCAGCCAUGGUCCACACAGCAUAAAGCCAACUGGAAUGG